AUGGCCCAGUCUUUCCACGUCACCUCUUCCAUCACGGGCAGUAGUCCCUUAAAACCAAGUAAUUGUGGCUCCGACCUGGUUGCGCCUUUCGAUGCGUCAACUCGGGAUGAGUUGAAGAAAGGACCAAACGCAGCGAGGUCGGAGUGCAAGAAGGUGGUUGUGGUGGGGGCGGGGAUAGCAGGUCUGAGGGCCGGGGCCGUGUUGCAGCGCAACGGUUGCGAGGUAAUUAUCUUGGAGGGCAGGGAUCGCAUUGGUGGGAGAAUUUUGACUUGCCGGAAAGGCGAUCAUGUCCGAGAUAUCGGUAAGGGCCCAGGGGUAUCUCAUCGCAAAAAAACAUGGAGUUGA